UCUCAGGGAGGAGGCGGAUCUGUAGUCAGACUUCAGGACUUCCUCAGCAGACCGACAGCGCAACGAUGGAAGAAGCUCCUCCUCAACAGGAGCGCAUGAUGUUCGCCGGGAUGGUGGGAGCGGCUCAGGUUCUGGGUCUGGCCUCGGUGGUUCUGACUGGCGUGUGGAUGGGUCACUAUCGGGGGGGCUUCGCCUGGGACGGGUCAUCCUACCAGUUCAACGUGCACCCGCUGUGCAUGGUGCUGGGGCUGGUGUUCCUGCAGGGGGACGCCAUCCUGGUCUACAGAGUGUUUAGAAACGAGGCGAAGAGGAACGUGAAGAUCCUCCACGGCGUCAUCCACCUGCUCGCCCUCAUCGUCACCGUCGUGGGUAUCGUCGCUGUCUUCGACUUCCACCGAGCAGCAAAGAUCCCCGACAUGUACUCUCUGCACAGCUGGUGCGGCAUGCUGACUGUCGCCUUAUUCUGCACUCAGUGGGUGAUGGGUCUGAUGUUCUUCCUGUUUCCUGUUGCCUCGUCAUGGUUGCGGGCCUCCUACCUCCCGGUCCACGUGUUCUGCGGUCUGGUUCUGGUCGUGAUGUCCAUCGGGAGCAGCCUGCUGGGCAUCACGGAGAAGCUCCUCUUCAGCAUCAUGUCGAGCUACUCCACACUCCCUGCAGAGGGGGUCCUGGCCAACGUCCUGGGUCUGGUGCUGGUGCUGUUCGGAGUGAUCCUGUGCUACCUGAUCACCAGGGAGGAGUUCCGACGUCCACCCAACCCAGAGGAAGAGUCUCUGUCUGUCCAUUUCAAGACUCUGACUGAAGGGGGGUCUCCCCACUCGCCUUGACCUGACAGUCAUGGUCUGAACGACGACCACUUUUUGUUCAGUGGGCCAUCGAUACUCAAAGGGCCAUGGUCGGAAAGAUCAGUGAAGUGAAUGAAUCCCUGGACAGCAAGCUUUAAAAGAAUGCUCUACCUACAAAAGAACCGUCUGAAUAUCAAUAUCUUAUCCCUGAAUUAAAAUCCCAAUAAACUCUUAGGCAACUCCAGCACGUCUCAUAUAUCCAGACGUCUUCUUACUGCUUCACCUUAACCUUGCAGUUCAAACAGUGUCACGCUCACUGUCCGUACUCAUGAAGCCGUCAGCAUCAGUUUAAAUCCCAGCCUUCAGUAUUUAGAUCACGUGGGUAUUGGAACAUCAGGUUUGCGGUUAUCUCAAAUCUUUCUCUGCUUUGAAGUCAACAGAUAUCUUAUCUCUUUAAGCAGCCUUUGCACAAACGCUUAUUUAAGUACCGGACUCAGAUCUGAGCAAAGCUGUUGUAUAUUUGACCUCUUUUAGAAAUUGAAAGUCAACUCUAUGCCGAUGAUUGAUCUCACGUUCGACCGUGAACUUCUCGCUUUAUGAAUAAAAAAAGAUUUCAACUAUGAACAGCUGCUGUCAAACUUUCCAAUUGAUCACCAGACUCCCUUAAAGGAGAAUGCUCUCAGUAAUCACACUGCUCUUUAUUGUACCGUAGAACAAAACACUAUUACUGCACUCUGUCCUUUUGUUUGAUGUCCCCCAGUCAGACCAGUUUGUCCACAGUACCAGAACAUAUAGUCUGUAUUUAAUGGACGGUCCUGCGUGUGUUCAGAUGUGGGUUUGGUUCCUCGAUGCCUAAUAAAUCUGUGAAUGUGUGUAAGUUAUAUAUAAUAUACAAAACCUGUAGCUUCUUGUGUCUCUGACUCCAGGUCUCCGCUCCAGUGCCUCAUACUAAAGCUGUCUCUGAAAUGAUUGUUUGAGGUUGUCUUUGUGAUUGUGCCAACUUUGCUACGGGAGUCAAGAAAUAAAUACAUGUGUUGAA